AUGGCUUUCCUUACCAAUAUCACAAUCCUUCUGGUCCUGGCUUGUAUUUCCCAUCAGCUGAUGGUGGGCAGCUGUCAAAAGGGCCGUGGACGUAGGGGAAGAGAUGUGGACAGAGGUCAACACAAGGAUAGGUCGGGGCUAAAGGUGAGCCGCCAACCCAAAUCCGUCUCUGCACAGCCCAUUAAAGGCAAACUGGUCACCAAAGACAAGUCUGACUGCACCUGGGCUGCGACAGGUGAGGACCUCUUCAUCCUCGGUGUCACCUGCAAGAAAGGGGACACAAGCUUCAGCUGCGAGUAUGCUGCCAGACCGGCUGUUUGUCCCCAAUAUGCCUCCAAUGUUAAACUCUACUGGAAGCAGAUUGCCAGGGCACUGAGGAAGCAAAAGAAUCUGUGCCAGAACAAUAAUGCAUUGGUCAAGGCGGGUAUUUGCAAAAGAGCUGCAGCAGAUGCUCAUUUCCGACUCCGUGUUUCACAGAAAAAGAAGACUGCCCCGCCUUAUAUUGCACCCUUUGCACCCAAAACGGUUAAAUCCUGUCAGCCUGGUAACAAGAAGUUGGCAAAGGAAUACUGCAAUGACGCCUGGUCGAGUUUUUGCACAUUCUUUUUUACUAUGGUGCAGGAUUAUGAUUGCUGAGGAGGAAAAAAGUAAACGAAACUGAAUUAGAUCUGUCUUUGUAAGCAGUCACAUCAAUACUUAUCUAGUUACAGACUCUUUAUAGAUGCUUGCUGCUUAGCAGAAAGAUUUUCAUAGAACUGUUUGAUUUAGAGUGCACACUUUCCUAUUGUUAACAGUGGUUUUACCCAUUAAUAAAUACUUCUCUGUCCAUUUUUUAAUGUUGCUUUCUGAUUUGUCCAUUUUGAAGAAUUUA